UAACCCGGCUCGUGGGCGGGGAGGCGCUGCGUUACGGGCGUGCGGGGAUGACGGAGGCGGAAGCGGGUCGGGGAGGAUGUAGCGGCGCUGACAGGGGCUGCGGCGCCGCGAUCUCCCCGUCCCUGUGGUCAGCCGGCCCCGCCAUGGAGGUACAAGAUGCUGGGCAAGAGAUGGUGGCGUCUUCUGUCACACCAGGAUCAGGCAAAUCAAAGCUGGACACAUUGCCCAAAGAAGAUCUCAUCAAGUUUGCAAAAAAGCAAAUGAUGCUUAUACAAAAAGUGAAGUCAAGAUGUACAGAACUAGAGAAAGAAAUUGAAGAGCUCAGAUCUAAAGCAGCUGCUGGAGGAGCUGAUGAUAUUAUUCAGGCUCUCACAGAAAGACUGGAUGUUGUACUUCUGGAAAAAGCUGAAAGUCAGCAGCAGUGUGUAGCUCUGAAGAAGGAAAAUAUUCAAAGAAAGCAAGAAGCAGAGGCUGCAGUGGCUAAGACAGAAGAAUUGCAGAAGCAACUGGAGCAAUCAAGUAUUGACUCACUGAAAGAAAUAAAAGCUCUGAAGAGUGAAUUAGCAGAUGCACAAUGCAAACAUGACGAGGACUUGGCAAAGCUGAAAAUGGAAUUAGAGGAACAAAUGAAGAAACAAAUGGGGCUGGUCGAACAGAUUGAAUGUCAUCGUGAUAGUGAAAAAGAAGUUAAAAGUCUACAAGAUGAUGUCCAAAGAAUUAAAUCUACUUAUGAGGAGCAAAUUUUGUGUCUAAGCAAGCAGUUGGAAGCUGCAAAUGAAGACAAAGCCAAAGAAGUGACAAAUCUGCAAGAAACUAUUAAAAGCAACUCUCAGUGUUACUAUAAUGAAAUCAAUAAUCUGAAUGAAGAGCUUAAAAAAUUAAAAAUCGCCCAUCAGGAAGAGGUGUCAGAGCUGAUGCACCGGAUUGAAAUAUCAUCUAAAGAAAACGAAGAAAAGCAAAAUCAGAUAAAUCAGUUACAGCACAAUUUGGCAGAGGAGCGCUUAAUAAAAGAGAAAAAUGUGAAGGAUGAAAUGUGUGCUCAUACUGACCAGUGUGAAUAUGACUUGAAGCAGCUGAGAGAAGUCUUAAAUAAAAAUGUAGAAAGCAAGAUAAAUCUUGUAGAUACACAACAAGAACCUUGUGUAGAAGUGAAAAUGGAAGAAAAGGUUAGGCACCUGGAGCAUAGCUUAGAAGAGCUCCAGUCCCAACAUAGUAUAUUAAAAGAUGAGUUAACUUACAUGACUAAUGUUAAACUAAAACUGGAAGAGGAAAUUUAUCAUAUAAAGGAUGAGUACUUUCAUGAGCGCGAAGACUUGGACUUUAAGAUAAAUGAAUUGCAGCUUACUAAAGAAGAUUACUGUUGUGUAAUUGAAAAAUUAAAAUUGGAGCUUCAGGCAGCAAGACAGCACUGUGAGGCCACUGUAAAAGAGCAUAAGUUAGAAACUCAAACUCUGAAAGAGCAACAUAAGAGAGAAAUUUCUGAAUUAAAUGAAACUUUAUUAUCUAGUUCUGAAAACGAAAAGAUGGCAUUAGUUUUUGAAACGCAGGAGCUUAGAGAACAACUUGAAAAGCUAACUCAGGAGAAAGAAGAAGCAGUGUCCAAUUACAACAGCCUGAGAGAAACAAUGGAAACCCUACAGGCUGAGCUAGGGGAAUCUGCUGGAAAGAUCAGCCAGGAGUUUGAAUCAAUGAGACAACAGCAAGCUUCUGAUGUCAGUGAACUGCAACAGAAACUCCGAGCUGCUUUCAAUGAAAAGGAUGUUCUUCUUGAAACUGUGAAUCGCCUCCGGGAAGAAACAGAAAAAUUGUCAUCAAAUCUGCUAGAGGUAGAAGAACUUAAAUGUAAAAUUGUUAGCCUUCAGGAGGAGAAUAACACAAUAACAAGCUCCAUCGACCAGAAAGAGACUGCUAUGAAAGAACUGGAAGAGAAGAUCAUUGCUCUUACUGAUCAAAACAAGGAUAUUUUAAAUGAAGUAAAAUGCUUGGGUGAAGAGAGAGAAACCCUUCAGGAAAGGUGCAAGCAAGAACAAGAAAAAGUUCAGGAACUUCAGCAAGAAAUAGAUGUUGCUAACCAAUACAAUAGCGACCUGAAGAACAAGGUGGCGGAAUUAACAGAGAGACUGAACGAAGCUUUAACUGGGAAGAGUGAAAAUGUGCAAACACUAGAGCAACUGGAAAACCAGAUUGAAUCUCUGGUACGUGAAAGAGAGAACCUUUCAUCUGAAGCAUAUACUCUUCGUGAGGAAAAUAAGAAAAUAAUUCAGGAAAAGGGCAAAUUAAGUGAAGAGCUGGAAAAGAUUACAGCUGAAAAACAUAGUUGGUUAGUGUUGAAAGAGCAGUCUGAAAACUUAGAAAAGAAACUAAAAAUGAUGACUGCAGAAAAAGACCAUAUAUCAACAUUACUUGAAAGUGAACAAGUGCACAGAUCCAUUGUAAAAACGCAGCUGUACCACUUACUUGAGCAAGUGGGGUCCAGCAUUUCAGAUUCUAAUGAAGAAUAUGAUUCUCUUAAUUUAUUAAAAAUUAUGAAUGAAUACUUGGCAAAAAUGAAAGAAGAGCAGUGCCUUGCUCUACAGAAUGAGGAGCAGGUUCUUAAUUUGCAGCAUGAAGUUGAGAGACUAGAGGAAGAAAAUGCAGCUCAAUAUGCAGAACAUAGAUCCCUGAUUCAGGAUUUUGAAAAAGAAAAGGAUCUCUUGAGAGAAGAAUUGGAAGGAGCGUUGUCUGAAAAAGCAGCACUUCAACAUGAUAUCCAGGAGCUGAAGAAUACUAGUGAAAAAACAAGGAUUGAAAAUCAAGACCUCUUAGCUAAUAUUCAAGAGAUCACUCAAAAACUUGCUUUCUAUGAAAGUCAAAUACAAGAACAGCAAAAAGGAUCAGAAAAACAAGACGACUUAAAUUUCAUUCUGGAACAAAAGGAAACUGAACUUAGAAAUGUGAAAGACGAACUGAGUUCUCUAAAGAAUUUAAUGGAGACAUUGACUGAGAAAACUGAUCAACAGUCUUCAGUAGCAGAGCUUCAAGAAAAAAUUGGAAAGCUGGAAAAAGAAUCUGCAGAAAAAGGAGAGAAGCUAAAUAAAAUUAAGGUUGUUGCUGUGAAAGCAAAGAAAGAAUUAGAUGCCAGCCGAAAAGAGGUCCAGACUCUGAGGGAAGAAUUGGAGUUGGUUCGAUCAGAAAAAGAUCAGUUGUCUGCUUCAAUGAAAGAUGUCAUUCAAGGAGCUGAAAGCUAUAAGAAUCUUUUGAUGGAAUACGAUAAGCAAGGAGAACAGCUGGAUUCUGAAAAAGGCAGAGCAAAUGAUCUUGAACAUCAGAUAGAUGACCUCACAAGACAGCUACAUGUGUUAUCCCAGCAGCAUGAUCAGUUACAGUCUGCUAAUGAAGACUUCCUGGCUCGUGUUGAAACACUGCAAUGUAAUGCUAAGCUGCUGGAAGCUCAGAUACUGGAGAUACAAAAAGCCAAGGCAAAGGCCGACAAAGAACUAGAAGCUGAAAAGCUUCUAAAAGAACAGAAAACAAAGGAACAUAGUAGUGCUCUCCGAGAAAUGGAGGAGCUUCAGAUGCAACUUCAGAAGGAAAAGAAACAUCUGCAGAAAACUAUGCAAGAACUAGAGCUGGCCAGAAAGGAUGCUCAAAAGAGUACACUGAUGGAUAUGGAAAUAGCUGAUUAUGAAAGGCUAGUAAAAGAACUUAAUCAGAAGAUUACUGAUAAAGAUAGCAGAAUAGAAGAUCUCGAGCAGGAGACAGGUAUCCAGAAACAGAAGCAAGAGACCCUCCAGGAAGAAAUAAAGUCACUUCAGUCAACUAUGCAACAGGAUGAGGAAAGAAAUGCCAAGAUAAAACAACUCCUGGUGAAAACCAAAAAAGAACUGGCUGAUUCAAAACAGGCUGAAAAUGACCAUCUAAUGUUGCAGGCAUCAUUAAAAGGGGAACUGGAAGCCAGUCAACAACAAGUGGAAGCGUAUAAGAUUCAAGUGGCUGUAUUAACAUCAGAAAAGCAUAAAGUUCAGGAACACCUGCGAACUUCUUCAGAGCAACACCAGCGUACCUUGAAUGCUUACCAGCAAAAAAUUGUAACCUUGCAAGAAGAGUGCAGAGCAGCCCAGGCUGAACAAGCGUCUGUUACAUCUGAAUUCGAGAGCUACAAAGUCCGUGUUCACAAUGUUCUAAAACAGCAAAAGAAUAAAUCUGCUUCUCAAACAGAAUCUGAGGGAGCCAAACAAGAAAGAGAACAGUUGGAAAUGGUGGUAGAUCAACUUAAAGUUAAGCUGCAGGAUGCUCAGCAUAAUUCUCAGAUGAAUGCGUCUGAACUCCAGGCGUUGCAGUCUGAACAUGACACCCUGCUGGAAAGACACAAUAAGAUGCUGCAAGAGACUGUUGCAAAAGAGGCAGAACUCCGUGAAAAGCUCUGCACAAUACAAUCUGAGAACAUGGUCAUGAAAACAGAGCAUGCCCAGACUUUGAGUCAGCUGACAGCCCAGAACGAAGCUCUCCGGAACAAUUUCAGAGAUCAAGUCAGGAACCUGCAAGAAGAGCACAGGAAGACAGUAGAGACGCUUCAGCAGCAACUGUCCAGAGUAGAAGCUCAGCUCUUCCAACUCAAGAGUGAACCAAGCGCUAGAGGUCCAGCUGUUUCAAAUCCAGCAACGAAGAACGUAAGAGAACGGCGAAACACUGACCUUCCUGUUCUCGAUGUGCACACUGUAGCUAGGGAAGAGGGAGAAGGUAUGGAAACAACGGACACAGAGUCAGUCUCUUCAGCCAGCACCUAUGUACCAUCUCUGGAAGAACUUCUGAACUCCCCAGAAGCAAAACCUGAACCAUCUCAGUGGCAAACAGAACUCACCAAGGAUGAACUGAUGCAGAAACUAAACACUACGACAAAGAGUGCUGAUCACUUGAGUGAAUUACUUCGUGAAUCAGAAGCAACCAACGCAAUCCUAAUGGAACAAAUUAAGCUUCUUAAGAAUGAAAUAAGAAGAUUGGAAAGAAAUCAAGAGAGAGAAAAGUCUGUGGCUAAUCUAGAAUACUUGAAGAACGUUCUCUUGCAGUUCAUAUUCCUAAAAUCAGGAAGCGAGAAAGAAAGGCUGCUCCCAGUAAUAGACACCAUGUUGCAGCUCAGCCCUGAAGAGAAGGGGAAGCUAGUUGCAAUUGCCCAAGGUGAGGAAGAGAGUACCUCACGGCCCUCUGGGUGGGCUUCGUAUCUCCACAGCUGGUCAGGACUUCGAUGAGACACUGGAAACGCUGAAUCUUUUAAACACAUUCCACAGCUGCAAAAAGAGAAAUCUUAAUGUAGAAGAACAAUCUGUUGGUGUUUGUAGCAUUGAACUACAGGUUUUUAUUUCUGUGUGUUGUUUUCAGCUUUUUAGGCUCUUCUGAGAAAGAAGCCCUCAUGAGCUCUGAAAGACUGUCCUAUAUUAUGCUGUGACAGCAGUGAACUGUUCCUCUUGUAAUGGUUAAAGCUGACGAUCAGAAGUUUGAGAAGUGACAAAUUAAUUGCAAAUUGCUUGGAAACAGAAUUUGACAAACCUGUGAUGGCUCUUUUGAUAUCGAUUUAAAAACUUGAUCUAAUAUAGUAACUGGAAUAACUAGACUUCAGACUUAAAGCAUUUCAAAGUGUUUUCAGUUUCACCUGUUGUUGUCAGCUCGCUAAUCUGUAUGGCUAGUGUUAUCCUCUGCACAUUGAAGAAAUUAUAGAGUUAUUUCCUAUCUGGUGAUGCUUAUAAAAUGUAAGAUCAUUAAGGAACAGAAAUGGCAUUUUCUUCUUUGACUUGAUUAAAUUUUCAGUCUUGCUUAUAUUUUUUUUGCAAAAGCUGGAUUGAAAAUAUGAAGGCAGCGGUCCACAAAAUGUAGAGGAUGCCUAAACUAUAUGAAAUCCAAUGCUUGGCACAUCUGGGGCAUGAUUCUGUAGUAGAGAUGAAUGGCAUCUAUAGAAGUCUUGGGAUAGUAUUCCAAGAAUCAGAGGUCAUAAGUGAGCUGAAGCUUUGGGAGAAAGGGCUUAAGCUAUGGCUUUUUAAGCAGAGGUUGGAAGUUUGUCUUCAAGACCGGGAAGAAAGGUUUCAUUACUGUCAUGAUGUCUGUACUUAGAUGAAAAGGCUACUCAUACUGACUUAGUCAUACUGAAGACACUAAAGGAGGAAUCUGAGUCUGUAAUAACUUCUGAGAGAAAAGAACAGACCUUCUGCCAGUAGAUGCAUCUUCUAAGUGGUCUAAUGAUCGAAGAUGUUAUAUGCUUCUCUCACUUCUUUGUGUUUGCACAUGUCAUUUGCACAAAUCUUAUGAACAGAUGAGAUAAUCUCUGUUCCAGGUUAUUGAACAGAAUGUUUGGGGUUUCUUCCAAGAAAAAUACAUCUCUGCCAUAGAAUUACUGUUUCUAUUAUCAACACAACACUUUUUUUUUAAGUUUUACCUUCAGUCGUCUUUUUCCCCUUUCUAGUCCAUGCUGCCUUUCUCCAUCUUAAUUUAUUUGUAAGUUAUUAAAAUGCAUACACGUUUUUAAACCCCACUUGCCUUCCAGCAAGAGUCUUUCCAUCUUUUUCACUCGUAUUUUCAUGCUCUUUGUACUAUCUUACAGGGAUCAUUUCCUGGUAUGCACAGCAAUAUGAGAGAGUAUUCUUUCUUUCCUGUCUAUCUUAGUUGAGGCUUUGAGGAAAUUAUGCUUAUUCCUUUAAUAUUACCUUAUACCGGGACUGAGAUUAAUUUGGACAUAAGGACAGCAGAAAGGCAGCACAUGUUGAGAACACACUCUUCAGUAACUGCUUUUGGUUUGAUUUUUGCUUCUUGUCUGUAUUUCAGUACACAACAAAGCCAACAGGCUUUAUUUAGAUAUUUUAAUUCCAUAGUCUUAAGCACUAUUUUUUGUUGGUUGGUUUGUUUGGGUUUUUUUGUGGGGUUUUGUUUGUUUGGUUUUGGUUUGGGGUUUUUGGUUGGUUUUGUUUUGUUUUUUCCUUCCCCCUCCUAUACGUGUUCUAACUGGAAUCUUUAUGGUCUGUGCUACCAGUGAAAACAUUCUCUGUGGACUUUUAGAUCACAGAACUGAUAAAUGGUAGUCUGGGGAUGAGUCUUUUCAGCAUAUGUAGCAAACAUGAGGCUACAUUUAGGCUUUCUUGCAUUUGCUUUUGAAACGAUUACCAUAUAUCUUCAACAUUCACGAUUUGCUCCAAAUCUCAGAAUGCAGCAUCUAACUCCUUAUUCACAGCUGGAUUUGGUUAGUGUCACUCAAAAGAAUGCCAAAACAGAGCGACAGGAGAGAUUUGAAAUAUGCACAAAAGUGCAAGUCAUUCUCCUGCUGUGAUUUUAACAAUGGAAGCACAUGUGUGGAAGGGUACGACUUUGUCUUGGUUCAAACUCAGUUUGCAGCUGACCUCAUUCAGUCUGUUCCGCACGAUGUCUGCUCAGCCAUCUCUAAAGAGCUGUGACAAAUCCCUUUUAAAAUGCACGUAUUUCAGAACUGUAGAUUAUUUAACAUUGUAAGCUGUGAAUAAAUGUAUGCAAGUAACGUACAUCGCUGGCUGGAUGAAAUACCAGUUGCUUAUUGACUUCUUUCAGGUCUGAGUUGCAUGCUCACUGUUUUUAGUAAAACUCAAGUGUUGUACUAUGAAUGUAGUGGUACACCACUUGCAUUACUAUAUUAUUUUUUUCUUACAAUGGAGGAUUAAGAUCUUUAAUUAAUGUAAAGAUAUUUUAAUAACUGCUACUAAACUGUGUUCUGUUGCUAGGAUCACCAGAACUUACCUUUGUGGCAAUAAACUAUCUGUAAGCAAAUAUAUCAAAGUUUAAUAUGCACUUGCAGUAAAUGGCAUAGAAGAAUGUGGACUAGAAGCGGGAUUAUUUUGCAUAGAAAACUUUUUAUAUGUCAUAUAUUUGCAUUUGUAAUGUACAGCAUUGUGGCUGUGACUUGCUUUCAAAAAGCAAUUUAAAAUUGUAACUAGUAUUGCUGCUUCUUGAUAUACUGUGGUGCUCUUUUUUGGAAGAGCACUGUGCUGACUUUGCUUUCUGGUUCUUUAGUUUGUUUUUCUUUACAGUGCCAUAUUUUGUUAGGCUGUUUCCCAGAAAAUGUAACCCCUGCCCAAAGAGUUUACAAGCUUAGGACCAAAUUUUACUCUUCUACCAGCCUGCCUUCAGCCCAAGCUUAAGGAGGGCAUUUAAAAAAAAAGAGGGGGGGAGCAAUGAGAGUCUGCUGUCACUGUGCAGAGCCUCUGUGUGUACAGUGGCUGCACUUUUACCUACCUGUCUUGGCUGUACUGGGAACAAGUGGUGUGCCAUCUGUGCUCCCUUUCCCCAGAAGGGAGACCCAUCUGUGCACACGACACGUGCUCCAUUGGAAAGACAGGAAGAUCAGAGCUUGUCAGGCUGUAGUGCAGAUGUGGCCAGCUGGAUUUGGGUUCAGGAUGGCCAGAGGGAGCCCAUCUUAGAAGUGACAGAUGGGAGAGUUGCUGUUUUUCUUUCAUGACCCUCCUUCCCCGAAGCAUAAUUGAGAGAACACAGGGUUAGAUUAUUUUCUAAAUUCAAAUCUUCUCUCCAUCCGUUUGCUUUGAUAACAGACAAUUUAUCCUGGAAUUGUGGAGGAAUAUUUAAAAACUCUCCUUAGUUUGUACUAAGAGGAUUUGAAGGCAGCUUAACCACCUGUGCUUCAUUUGGCUUUUGCCUUGGCUUCACCCAGUGCACCAAUACUUCCUCAACUACCUGAUAGUUCUACUCUUACUGGUACUGUGAAAAUAUCUCCCUUAGGAGCCUUGCAAAUAGCAGUUACCACCCACAAGCUGAGAAACCAAAUGUAUGAAGAGAUAGAAAUACAUUUGUUGUAGUAACUUCAGAAUUGCUAGUCUGAAUAGAGAAGUGUUUUGGUUGGAAAUAUGUCUCUGAUGGCCUUUUCAUGUGGCCAUCACUUCAAUAAAAUUCACCUUUACCCAA